GAGCUGUCAUGGCCGCCCCCGAAGAAAACAUGUCAGGGCAGCAUAAAACACAGAGAAGUAUUUGAAACGGUUUGUCGAAUAUAUUAUAGAGGAUUUUUCGAUCAUUGAGCGUGAGUGCAUUCAGAUGGCUUUAGUCAGCAUUCGCUCCUGUGGCCGUUGUGGUUUUCUGCUGGGUCUCCGUGCGUAUGCCACUCGACCAGUUGGCACCCCAAGAAAGCGGGAGCAGCAAGAUGACACCCCCGUGUUCCAAUAUGUUGGUCAACACAGGAAGCCCCAAGGAAAGGUGUUUGUGUGGGGCUUCAGCUACACUGGAGCUUUAGGGAUCCCAAGCUUUGUAGUGCCGGACAGUGGCAGAAAAAAGCCCAGGAAGUACCAGCUCACACCUUACCGCCUGGAUACUGAACAGAAGAUUUCCUCAGCAGCCUGUGGAUAUGGUUUCACCUUAUUGGCGUGUAAUAGCAGAGAUCUGACCAAACUGUGGGGCAUGGGCCUUAACAAAGACUCCCAGCUGGGCUUUCAACGUACUCAACACGACCGACAUAAGAGUUACGACUAUGUCCUGGAACCAUCUCCAGUGUCUCUUCCGCUGGUGAACCCUCAGGAGACACGAGUGCUGCAGGUCUCAUGUGGACGUGCUCACUCGCUGGUGCUCACAGACUCUGAGGGAGUUUUCAGCAUGGGUAAUAAUGCUUAUGGGCAGUGUGGGAGGAAGAUUGUGGAGGAUGAAGUGUACAGUGGCAGUCACGUUGUUCACAAGAUUGAAGGCUUUAACAGUGGAGUCACGCAGGUGGCUUGUGGGCAGGAUCACAGUCUGUUUCUAACAGACAGAGGCUCAGUGUACGCCUGUGGGUGGGGGGCAGACGGACAAACAGGUUUGGGCCAUCACAGCAAGGCCUCCUGUCCAGUGCCCGUCGGAGGAGAUCUGGCUGGGGUCAAAGUUCAGCAGGUGGCCACAUAUGGAGACUGUAGUUUGGCCGUGUCCACGGAGGGGCAGGUUUUUGGUUGGGGAAACUCGGAGUACCUGCAGCUGGCCUCUGUCACUGAGGCCACACAGAUGAGCUCUCCACGGCUGCUGCCCCUGAGGGGUGUGGGUCGAGUCAGACAGGCGGCAUGCGGAGGAACACAGGUGGCUGUACUGAACGAGGAAGGAGAGGUGUUUGUUUGGGGUUUUGGAAUCCUGGGAAAAGGCCCGAAGCUUUCAGAGUCUGCAAUCCCAGAAAGAGUGCCAGCCACAUUUUUUGGGAGGUCAGAGUUCAACCCUACAGUGAAAGUCUCGUCCAUCCGCUGUGGACUCAAUCACUUUGCAGCCAUCACAGAUCGAGGUGAGCUGUUUGUUUGGGGUAAGAAUGUGAGAGGAUGUCUCGGCAUUGGGAAACAUGAUGACCAGUAUUUUCCGUGGAGGGUGACGGUGCCAGGCCACGUGACGGAUGUUGCCUGUGGUGUUGACCACAUGGUAGCGCUGGUCAAAACAAUCAUAUGAGAGACUGUUAUGGCAAAUCUGGCCUAUUUUUCGGGCACUUCAGUGAACACCAUCAGCAUGCCACGUUUCAUUAUUUCUCCAGAACUUUGGACUUGUUAAAGGCCCUCACUAAGGAGUCUUCAUGUCACACUGAAUCAAGCAAGCCAAGGCUGUGUUUAAGGUAACAUGGAAAUGCAACACCUCCUCUGCUGGUGACAGUGCUGACCUCAAAAAUAGACAUGGGUGUGACUCCUAAAUAACUCGAGUCCUCUUAAUGAAUCUGAUGUUAGCUACUUGGACAUUUUGGAAGUUUCCUCUAAAUGUUUUGCCACAUUGUCAACACCUGAAGUGGACACUGUAUGCUCAAAGCCACAUUAUCUGUGCUGUUCCUAGAUCUGCUUUUCGUGUUAAAUUCAACAAGCCUAUAUAUUAUAAAAUAAAAUGAUAC